GAGAAUACGGUCCAGCAAAGAUUGUGUUGGAAGAGGUCGAUUGAACCAAGUAUCGCAUCGUCCCGGUCCGUUCGAGGCGCCCAAAUUUUAUCGAAUAACUUCAGUUGAUUGAGUGGGAACUACAAUUGCUGUUUCAAUGCGGCCGCAACGGGAAUACCAUAUUGUCGUGCUCGGCGCUGGUGGAGUGGGAAAGAGUUGUCUUACUGCUCAAUUCGUCCAAAAUGUGUGGAUUGAGAGCUAUGACCCGACGAUCGAAGAUUCAUAUCGCAAACAGAUCGAGGUAGACGGGCGACAAUGCAUUCUAGAAAUUCUUGACACUGCAGGAACAGAACAAUUUACUGCCAUGAGAGAGCUUUACAUGAAACAGGGCCAAGGGUUUCUCCUGGUAUUUUCCAUUACGAGCAUGUCCUCGUUGAACGAGCUGUCCGAAUUACGAGAACAGAUCAUCCGCAUCAAGGAUGACGAGAAAGUCCCCAUCGUCAUCGUAGGUAAUAAAUCCGACCUGGAGGAGGACCGCGCGGUGCCCCGUGCUCGCGCCUUUGCCCUCUCCCAGAGCUGGGGCAACGCUCCUUACUAUGAGACAUCGGCUCGCCGACGAGCCAACGUCAACGAGGUCUUCAUUGACCUCUGCCGACAGAUCAUCCGAAAGGACCUGCAGGGCAACUCCAAGGGUCGCGACGAACCACCCAAGCGGGAAAAUACGAAUCGACCUGAUCGCAAGCGAGAACGACGACAGAAGACGAAACGGAAAGGACCGUGCGUGAUUCUAUAAAUUAACGAAUGUUAUAAAUGAAGGAGGGGCAGCAGACCAACGACUCGCUCCCCAAUCGUAUAUUUGAACCAAACCUACCUCACAUCUCGACGCAUACCUCAAGCCACCGGCUCACAUCCUAUCUGCACAUACAUAUUACAUAUCUUCACCCAUGCUAAUGUUUUCAAUCAUCAUAUGCCCAUCCAAUGAUAGAUAUCUGUCGGUUCACAACCAUUCAACUCUUUUCGUCUUACUUCCAAUUGACACGUCUUCACCUGUUAUUCUACUUCAAGGAAUGAGAAAAAGUUGCAUCUGUCUUCGGUUUCCCUCCGCAUUGGCAUUCACCAUUCCCUUUAUGGAUAUAGAGCAGUUCAUUUUAUAACUACGCCGCCGCCGUUCUUUUUAUUACUACUACUACUACUACUACUACUACUACUACUAUCAUUAUUA